AUGUUUGGGGACUGCCAGGUGCUCUCGUCGAUGGCGGCCAUGGCUGGGGGCUCAUCCUCCGCCGACGCGCUCUUCGCCUCGCCGCUCAUGCAGCCCAGCAGCCACAACCAUGCUGGCGCGCUCGCCGGAUUCAUGUCCUCGUCUUCCGGCAUGCCCUUCCACCACCACCACCACCACUUCUCAACCAACCUCAUACCUAAGGAGGAGGGCAUCAUGGGCGGGAUCCACCUGGCCAAGGACGAGGACCUGGACCUCGACAUGGAGAUGGAGCUCAGCGCCGGCUCCGGCAGCGGCCACCUCGACGGCCUGCUCAGCUUCGCCGACGUCGACGACGAAAGGGACCACAAGCCGCAGCACAGCGAGCCGGACGCAGCCCACCACAACAACUCCUCGGCGGCGGUCCCAGCCGGGCCCGGCGGAAACGGCAAGAAGAAGCGGUACCACCGCCACACCGCGCACCAGAUCCAGCAGAUGGAGGCGCUCUUCAAGGAGUGCCCGCACCCGGACGACAAGCAGCGCCUCAAGCUCAGCCAGGAGCUGGGGCUCAAGCCCCGCCAGGUCAAGUUCUGGUUCCAGAACCGCCGCACGCAGAUGAAGGCGCAGCAGGACCGCGCGGACAACGUCGUCCUCCGCGCAGAGAACGAGGCGCUCAAGACCGACAACUUCCGCCUCCAGGCCGCCAUCCGCAACGUCGUCUGCCCCAGCUGCGGCCAGGCCGCAGUCAUCGGGGACAUGUCCUACGAGGAGCAGAACCUGCGCAUCGAGAACGCAAGGCUCAAGGACGAGCUGGACCGCUUGGCGUGCAUCGCCACCCGCUCCUACGGCGGGCGCCAGCCGGUAAUGUCGUCCGCGUCCGCAAUGAGCGGGAUGUCGGCGCCGCCGUCGAUGCUCAUGACGCCGCUCGACCUCGACAUGAACGUCUACUCGCGGCACUUCGGCGAGCAGCCGCACGGCGCAAUGGACCUCAUGGUCAUGCAGCAGCAGAUGGCCGCCGGCGGGCACGGCGCCGCGCCUUCGUACAUGCAGCAGCAGAUGGCGCCCGUCGUCGUCCAGGAGCAGGACAGGCAGCUGGUGCUGGACCUUGCCUCGACGGCCGCCGACCACCUCACCAAGAUGUGCCGCGCCGGCGAGCCGCUCUGGGCAGCGCGCCACCACGCCCCUGGCGACGUCAUGGACGCCGACGAGCACGCGCGUAUGUUCAGCUGGCCCGGCGACGCCGCGAAGCAGCAGCACGGCGACCCCGCCCACCCGGCGAGGAUUGAAGGGACGCGUGACAGCGCCGUCGUCAUCAUGAACAGCAUCACGUUGGUCGAUGCCUUCCUCGAUGCGAACAAGUGGAUGGAGCUGUUUCCUUCGAUCGUGUGCAAGGCAAGAACCAUUCAGGUGAUACACAGCGGAGCUGCUUCCGGCCAUCUCGGCAGUGGAUCUCUCAUCUUGAUGCAAGCCGAGGUGCAGUUCCUGUCUCCACUGGUGCCGGCGCGUGAGGUGGUCUUCUUCCGGUACUGCGUGCACAAUGCGGAAGAGGGGAGCUGGUCCAUCGUCGACUUCCCAGCAGACGGUUUCCAGGAGGAGCUUCUCCAGCAGCAGCAGACCACCUCGCUGGUCCGGUGCCGCCGCCGGCCGUCGGGCUGCAUCAUCCAGGACGCGCCCAAUGGCUACUCCAGGGUGGUGUGGGUGGAGCACAUGGAGGUGGUUGGGGAGGAGAAGCCGCUGCAGCCGGUGUUCAGGGACCACGUCGCCGGCGGCGCCGCGUUUGGGGCCACGCGGUGGGCCUCCGUCCUCCAGCGCCAAUGCGAGCGCCUCGCUAGCGAACUCGCCCGCAACAUCGCAGACCAAGGAGUUAUCCGCACCCCGGAGGCGAGGACAAAUAUGAUGAAGCUGUCUCAGAGGAUGAUAACUGCCUUCUGUGCUAACAUCAGUGCAUCCAGUAGCCAAUCUUGGACGGCGCUAUCCGAUUCUACAGAGGACACAAUCAGGAUCACAACAAGAAAGAACACUGAGCCAGGGCAACCCAGCGGUGUCAUCCUCACGGCUGUCUCCACAAGCUGGCUUCCGUACAGCCAUCAGCAGGUGUUUGAGCUUCUUGCAGAUGAGCAACAGCGCUGUCAGCUUGAAAUUUUGUCAAAUGGGGGCUCACUUCAUGAGGUGGCACAUAUUGCAAACGGAUCCCACCCAAGAAAUUGCAUUUCUCUUCUUCGCAUAAAUGCUGCAAGCAACUCAUCACAGAAUGUGGAGCUCCUGCUGCAGGAGAGCAGCACCCACCCUGAUGGUGGAAGCCUUGUGGUGUUUGCAACUGUGGAUGUUGAUGCUAUCCAAGUGACAAUGAGCGGGGAGGACCCUUCCUACAUCCCUCUCCUCCCCAUGGGCUUUGCCAUCUUCCCAGCUACCAACCCUUCAUCUGCAUCCACCAGUGCAAACACCAGCCAUGGCGAAAGUAAUCCAGGUACGGCAGAUGAACCCACCAAUGGCUGCCUCCUCACCGUCGGCAUGCAGGUGCUAGCAAGUGCCGUACCUUCAGCCAAGCUCAACCUCUCAAGUGUCACCUCAAUCAACAGCCAUAUCUGCAACACCAUUCACCAGAUUACAACAGCACUUAAGGGUGGAGGAGCUAGCCGGGCUGAGCCGGCAUCUGGAGGUUCUGACCAGUAGCAAGAAACGCUGGGUGGGAAUGGAGGGGAGCUCAAGACAGCAGACCAAAAUGCCUCUCAACUCAACCAUUUUGCUACCUGCUAACAUCCCAACUAUGCCUGUUAGCUCAGCUUGCAAGGGAGGAUUUGACAAGAACCCAACACUAACAACUUCAAAACUCCUCUUCUUCCCGCCAUGGGCCUCUCAAAAUGACAAAAAUACCCCAAAGUGAACACUGGGGGCAUUUUGAUCAUUUUGGGAAGGUGAUGUUAUCUCUCAUCUAGAAAGGGUCUUGUCAAGCUCUCACUUGCACCAACCAACUGAAUCAAGCCGAAGCAUUUUGGUCAUGCAGUUGUUGCUGCUCUCCCUCUCUCUGUUCCCUUGCUCGUAAAUCAAAGACUGAAGGUUAGCUCUGGUAUCUUUCUUGGAUUUUGUAAUAAUGAGAAUACUUAGCUUGAGUGUGUGAGUUAUUUGUGGUAGACUUGUUGAAGACUAAAGACUUAUUAAGCAUAUUGUAAUAGAGAAGAUAAAGGAAAAGAGAGGAGGAGUCAAGAGCGAACCAUUUGUGAUCCUUCUUCCCACACUAGCAAAGAAGGGUCUCUUGGUUCGGGAAUUGACUUGUUUCCUCUCUGCUCUACCUUUGCCUUGUCUGUAAACCUUUGGCUUGUGUUUUAUUAC